UCCGCCCUCCCGGCAGCGCGCGCGUGGGGGCGGGGCCAAGCGGGGGACCGGGACCGGGACCGGGACCGGGAACCGGGACCCGGCCGGGACCCACGUGCAGCGCAGAGCGAGAUGUGGCCGCUCCGCCUGGGCACGAGCCUGCAGCGCUGGGGGGCCCGGCUGGGCACCGGCAGCCGGCGGGCACAGCACGGGGCUGCUGCCGCCGCUGCCCCCGGGCACUGCCCGGGCUGGACGGGCCAGGAGAGCCUGGCCCAGAGCGACCCCGAGCUCUGGAGCCUGGUGCAGAAGGAGAAGGAUCGGCAGUGCCGGGGGCUGGAGCUCAUCGCCUCGGAGAAUUUCUGCAGCCGGGCAGCGCUGGAGGCCCUGGGCUCCUGCCUCAACAACAAAUACUCGGAGGGGUAUCCUGGGAAGAGGUACUACGGGGGGGCCGAGGUGGUGGAUCAGAUCGAGCUGCUGUGCGAGCGGCGGGCGCUGGAGGCCUUCGACCUGGACCCCGCGCGCUGGGGCGUCAACGUCCAGCCCUACUCGGGCUCCCCGGCCAACCUGGCCGCCUACACGGCCCUGCUGCAGCCCCACGAGCGCCUGAUGGGGCUGGACCUGCCCGACGGGGGCCACCUCACCCACGGCUACAUGACCGAUGCCAAGAGGAUCUCGGCCACCUCCAUCUUCUUCGAGUCCAUGCCCUACAAGCUGGAUGUGAGCUGGGGGCAGGGAGGGUCUGGGGGGAGCCCUGAGGUGUCCCCAAGGUCACCUGUCUGUCUGUCUGUCUGUCUGUCUGUCCAUUCAUCCCUGGGCUGACUGACCUGUCUGCCU